CGUAACAAUAAUUUGAGAAUUCGGCUGGGCUAGAAAUGUAAUAUUUAUGUGUGUGCUAUUUUCUAUAUAUUUGUAUACUAUUAUAUACAACUGGCAACACACAAUAUGCUUUUUAUUUGUCUGCAGUAAUGCCAAUAGAACAAUUGGUCCGUUCAUCAUAAUGAUCCGACUAGAAACAAGAGUUAAAGCAACUGCUGUAUAACUAGGAUUAGCCCUUGUCUGUCUAUUGUGUUUUAUUUUUACUUUUUAUGUUUCUAUACGGUUGUUGGCUUCGUUUGCCGUUAAAUGGACGGGGUUCCUUGUCUUCGUGUGCCGAGUUGUCACGCACAGGAGUUGAAGAGCAGUCUACAGUCCAGAGGAUUUCUUGAUCGGAACUUGUGCAUAGUAAAAGACGUGGAUGGGACGGUCCUGUUACCCAUUUUACAGUCCAGCCUGGUGCACCUUGACGUCCAGUCCCCUGCAAACUCGAGUAUCGGCGAAAUAGUCUGGAGAAAGGGUCCUGUGCAGCCAAAGAAAGCCAGAGGGAGGACGGGAGGGAAGCUGGAGAAAAUCCUGGAGGAGCUUCUGGAGUCCCAUGGUGAAGUGUUGACGGAGGAGCUGAGGAGGGACCUUCCUCGGAGCUUCCAGCGGCAUGGAGACCUUAUCCUUCUAGGGGACAGUUGCUUUACAUUACCAGUGUGGAAGAAGAUGGAGGAUCAGUUGUGGAGUGCAGUGAGCAGCACACUGGGGGUGAAGCGACUGGCAAAGAUGGGCAGAAUAUCCCAAACUGGAUUCAGAUCACCUGCUGUGACAAUGCUGUUAGGGGAGCACAGCUGGGUCACCCAUGUGGACAAUGGAAUCAGGUAUGACUUCGAUGUCACCAAGUGCAUGUUCUCAGCAGGAAACAUAACGGAGAAGCUCAGAGUAGCAGCUCUGGACUGCACAGGAGAGACUGUUGUGGACUUGUAUGCAGGCAUCGGUUACUUCACUCUUCCGUAUCUUGUUCAUGCGAAGGCCAGUCACGUUCACGCCUGUGAGUGGAACCCCCAUGCCGUGGAAGCUUUACAGAAAAACCUCCAGGCAAACGGAGUGUCUGAACGUUGCACCAUUCAUCAAGGAGACAAUCGCCAACUUCAGUUGAGGGAUGUUGCUGACCGGGUCAACCUGGGUCUGAUCCCGAGCUCGGAGGAAGCCUGGCCCGUCGCCUGCAGGCUGCUGAAGAAAAAGACCGGCGGCAUCUUACACAUCCACCACAACGUCACCUCGCCGUCACAGACCGCUGCUGCAGAUGAAGCCGUACAGAGGGUUUCUGGGAAGAAAGCUGACAAAGAGGCGUGGCAGGCCUGGGCUAAUCAUGCAGCAAACCGCAUUGCUUCUCUCUUAAGGGACCUCACCAGUGCAGCAUGGCUGACAAACAUCCAGCACAUAGAACACGUGAAGUCGUAUGCGCCUCAUGUUCAUCACAUCGUGUUGGACUUGGAGUGCAGGCCAUCAUGAGCUGUGCAGUUAAAACUACAAAAUAAAGUUUUGGAGGGGGCGAAUCACAGCACAAGCUGGGCAGGUUGGGAAUGCAGCCACAUAAAACUGUAUUUAUUCAGGGCAGGUUGACUGAGCACAAACAUGCUCACGCUGUUCUGUCCACAUCAGUCCAGGUCAGCCUCCCGUGUUCAACCAGUGAGCAUACCGACAUGUCUGCGGCAAACAGGAAUGUCCCAACUCUUACUGUUCUUCACCCGCAGGAUGUAACCGGUUCAGCUACAAAUCGAAUUCCUGCAGGAAAAAACUUGAUAGGAAAAAUGUAAAUAAAAGAAAAGUAUGGCAGUCGUCUGUGUGGUGUAAAUGACUUGAGCAUGAGGUAGUAGUCCACAGAUCUUUGUUUGACUUCUGACUCACACCCUGAUGACACAUUACAGAGAAAACCUGAAUAGUAAGGAGGAGAAGCCGGAUGUUGAUGCUCGCAUGGUGAACGGUUUCAUUAUGGUGGAUAUAAUAUGGCUCACAUGAUGGGGUUUUUCUCAGCCAUCUGGCCUGCACUUGCUUGAGAGGGUUUGAAAGACUGUCAGCCAAAUAAGGGAAAACAAUCUGGAAGAAUGAGGUUCAUGUGUCCAGUCAAGUUUAAUGCCAAGGAGUAAUUAAGCAUUUCUUGCAAGCUGUGAUAGUCCAACAUGUUCCCUUUUCUCUUGAUUUGUAUCCACUGUGUGUGUUUGUACUGCUUCUGUAAAGACUCAUAUGUGUUUUAAUCAGAACAUUUAUGUAGUUUUACCUGCAAAGUCUAGAUUCAGUUAAAGUAUCAAACACGUGGUUUCCCUUGUUUAUGAUCAAACAACCACAAUACUAAGCUAUCCUAUAGAACCUAUAUUAAUGAUAACCGAUCAAUAAUAUUUAUAUAUGCUGACACUCACAUAGGAAUCAAGCCAGUUAUUAAACGAUUAUUGGGCCUUUUUCUACAUUACUGCUU